AAAUCCUAUUGGAGCAAACCAUCGUUAACUAUCGGAACAUUCAACACAUGUAUAGGCAUUGCGUAAAAGUACCCAAAAAUUUCGAAAUCCCAAAUUAACACAGAACGCCGGUGAGGCCCGUGCGCUGCCCCGACCCUGCCCCUAUAUAAAUCCGAGCGGGAACCGCGGGAUCAUUUCACCGACAUGGCAUCGGAUCACGAUGAGUCCGACGCAGAGCUGGAUGAGAACUACUAUACGUUUCUGAAUUUGCCCCGGGAUGCUACUGCGGAGCAGAUCAACACGGCGUACCGGAAACAAAGCCGGAUGUUCCACCCAGACAAGCAUCUGGAGCCUGAGAGCAAGAAGAAGGCCGAGAUUAUGUUUAACCGCACCAAAAGGGCUUACGAAGUUCUGUCGGAUCCCCAGCAGCGAGCCAUAUACGACUCGGUGGGCGAGAAGGGUCUACGCACCGAGGGAUGGGAGAUCCUUCACCGGACAAAAACUCCAGAUGAGAUUCGGGAAGAGUACGAGCGGCUGGCCCAAGCGGCCGCUGAGAGACGCCUUCAGCAGCGUACCAAUCCGCGUGGUAACAUCACCAUCAACGUAAAUGCCACGGAAAUCUUUGCGCCUUACGACGACUCUGAAAUGCCCCACGUGGAGAUCGGUUCCAUGAGUAUUGCCCAGUCCAUUGAGGCUCCGAUCACGCGCAAGGACAUGAUCAUAAUGAGCGGAAACUUAUACUCCUCCAAUGGUAAUGGUAGUGGAGGCUUCGUUGUGGCUGGGCGCCGGCUACUGAACAAGGGCUGGCUAGAGUUGUGCGCCGGAGCGGGAAACGGCUUCCUUCUGGGCCUUAAAGGUGGCCGUACUCUUAGCCAAAAAGUGACGCUGAAUGGAGGUACGAACCUGAACUUUCGAGACCAAGGUGUCUUACCCGCCCUGUUCUCUACACUGGCCGUGCAGCUGGACAAGCACACAUUGGGCAGCCUUACGCUGAACGCCGGCCCGCAGUCCUCCAUGUCAACACAGAUCGAUCACUCAAAGGAGACGUACUCGCUGAGUUCUUCCCUGGUGAUAGGCACGCCGCAUGUGUACUUCGGGCUUUCCUACACCCGCAAGCUCUUGGAGAAUGAGCUGAAGCUAAAACUCGCGGCAAAAGUUGGAACCUUUGGCUUUAUGGGCGAGUACGGAGUGGAGAAGAAGGUCUCAAAAUAUAGCUCAGUGACUGCCACAGUCUCUAUUGGCGUGCCUUCUGGAGUUAUUCUAAAAUUCAAAAUAUUACGUUCAAAUCAGUCGUACGUGUUCCCUAUCCACCUAAGUGAUGAAAUAGUGCCCGCAGCUGUUUUCUACGCCUCUGUGACACCGGUGAUUGCGUGGUUCUUGAUCAAAAAAACUGUGAUGGACCCCAUGGAGGCAGAGCGGAAGAGUAUUGAAGUAGAGCGGACGAAACGACAAAAUGAGCAGAGGCUAUCAGCCAAGCGGCAAGAGGCGAGUGCCGCCAUUCACCUUAUGCAGGCCACGUACAAUAGGAUCAUGACCGAGGAACUGUCGAGAACGGGUCUGAUUAUCACGCGUGCUGUAUAUGGCUGUACGGCGGAAGGCGGCAACCUGUUCAGGCCAGAUCAGUCGCUAGAUGUUACCGUACCUAUUCAAUGUAUGGUCAAAGAUGGGACCUUACAUCUGCACGACUCCUCAAAGAGCGACCUGCCCGGAUUCUAUGAUCCCAGCAUUGGCGAUGACAAGAUUCUGCGCAUAGAGUACACCUACCAAAACCAGUUCAAAGUAAUUAACGUCAAGGACAACGAGGCGCUGCGACUACCAUUGCCAGGAUAGUGAAGCCUUGUUGCUCUACACUGCAAUUAGUUUAAAUCUUCAGUUGUGUUUGUAACUUGUUUUUAUUCUUGAUAGAAAAUACCCAUUUCCAGGACUGGGGGCAAAUUCCGCCUGUUCGUAUAUUUCCCCAAUUUUCAAUACCACUCUGUAACUCGCUAUCCUUUGGAUACCUAUAAGAUCCGACAAGCGCAAUAAAUCACAAAACAAGGAAAAAGUUGGGACUUAAGAAUAUAUCAGUAUAUUAAUAUAGUUUAUUUGUUCAAAAAGUA